AUGGCUUCGAAACCCGGUGAUCAUGGCAGAGGCCAUCUUGUCCACAGUCACGCACACGAAGAAGAUAUCCCCGGAACUGUAGACCUGAAUACCGCUGAGGGAGAUGAUGUCGGGGCAUAUGGACAAGCAUACUUUCCCGUUCCUUCAGAAGAUCCUAACGACCCAUUGCAAUGGUCCGAAUUCAAGAAAACGAUGAUUCUUAUCAUCUGUUCAUUCUACUCUUUUCUAGCCAACUCCUCCGUUAUUGGGCCCUCUCCUUACAUCGAUAUCUGGGCUGAAGAAUUCGGUAUCUCGCCCGCGACAGCUUCGGAGCUAGUCUCCUAUCCAAACCUCGCUUUUGGAUUUGGUUCCUUGAUACUUGUACCUCUUUAUUUGAAAUAUGGGCGUCGUCCUGUCAUGUUGUUUUCUCUCGUUACAUUCGCUGUUGGACUGAUAGCCGCAUCAAGAUGUACUACAUUCAGCGGGCUUAUGGCUGCUAGAUGCAUACACUGUUUUGGCUCAUCUAUAUGCGAAGCCAUACCCGUGCAGCUCGUGAAUGACAUAUUUUUCCUCCAUGAAAGGGGCAAGCGCAUUGGUUAUUAUACUGUCUGCCUUUGUUUAGGCACAUUUGCCGCUUUGCCAGCUGGAUACAUGCUUGCUGGUGGCUAUUCCUGGAGACUAUUCUUCUACGUAGUAUUCGCCUUCGCCAUGGCGCUUCUCAUACUAGCCUUUUUCUUCGUUGAAGAGACUUCGUAUGAUCGAAAAGCCUUCACAGUACCAUCCACGCCACCAAACGAGCCAGAAAAAGCGGAUGCUCGCGAAAUUGAAAAGGGGUCUUCGCCGACGAACCUCGUCAUCCCUUCUCGCAAGACUCUCACACAGACCUUAAGCCUACGAGGCCGGACCGACCACAAUAUUGGGCUCUCGGCGUUGGCUUUCUCCUAUACUUUCCCGAUCUUGAUCACGUCGCCGCCUUAUAACUGGACUGCUACAAACUCUGGUCUCUUUUCUGUUGCCGCCGUAAUAGGUUAUGGGUUAGCCAUUCCUUUUACGUCAUCCUCGGACAGACUCGCAGCUUAUUUGACGAAACGUAAUAAUGGAAUCCGCGAAGCUGAGAUGCGUCUUGGAGUUAUGCUCCCUGCAAUGCUAAUCGGGCCAGCCGGAAUUGUCCUAUACGGCAUGACUGCAGAACGAGGUCUGCAUUGGAUAGGCUUCUUUGUGGGGGGAGCUAUGAACUUUUGGGCCGCUUACUUCUAUUUCUCCUUUACACUCGCAUAUGCGGUAGACUCCUACCACGCUAACACAUCUGAAAUGUUGAUUGCCAUGAAUCUCGGGAAACAAGCAAUUAGCUUCGGCUUUGGCGUCAAGGUCUUAGAUUGGGUCAUCACUAGCGGUUACGCGGUUGUCAUGUCGGGAAUCUUCGGAGGUAAGCAAGAUCGAGCACCACCUUUACCCUUUCACCCUGUUAGCUUCACCAAAUCUUAA